UGACUUCCGACGCAGACUGAUUGAUCCACAAACACCAGACCUGAUGGUGUGUUAUGCGGAUCUGGCUCUGGGGCAUCGUCUUCUGAAAGAGCUUCCAUGCGACGACGACGCCGUCGCAGCGCUGCGGGAGGAUCCCCCCAGGGCGCUGAAGCGCUUCUGGGAGGCCUUGCGACCAUUGCAAGAUCAGAUCCGGAAAGAACUGGGAUCUUUGGUGACAGCUGCUCUUGCCGAGUCAAAAGCUAGUGAUUUGAGAGGUUGUAGCCAUCCAUCUGGAGGAAUAGAAGUUGAUGAAGUACCUGACAGAGGAAGAUGUUUGAAGGUCACGAAGCCUUUGACUCGUGGAUCAGUGCUGAUUCGUGAGUUUCCUGUGGCAAAGGUGCUUUUGGAGUCAAAGGAGCACUCAUUGCACCCAGAGACGCGCUUGGCUUUGGUGCUGUCUGCCAAGGAGGAGAAGACGAAGGUGGCACAGAAACUGUUGGAUCAUGGCGGAAGGGACGCAUCUGCUUUGCGCAUGCGCGGGGUUUUGGCCUGCUGCUGUGGCCUUUGCAUUGGCAAUUCCAUUGAGAAGGUGGUGUCAUUAUUUGGUUGGCUUGGGAGGGUCAGAAUCAAUGCAGUGGCUGUCACUGCACUGGUGGAAGCUGAUGGUGACAUGGUGGAAGACAAAGUCGCCCUGGCGCUCUAUCCAGAGUUGGCCAGAUGUGUGAACCAUUCCUGUCGACCCAAUGGCCUGUUGCGCUUCAAUGCCAAGGAGUCCCACUUGGUGGAGCUCCUCAUCAGUUCGCCCCACAAAGUUGCAGCUGGAGAGGAAGUGACCAUUAGCUAUGGACCGCUGGCGUCCUCCAUGGUGCGCUCCGAACGGCAAGCAGCCUUGCGGGCGCAGUAUGGAUUCGAGUGCAGAUGUCCUUCUUGUGCAUCAAAGGUACAAGAUGAAGACUUUCACUGGAAGAGAAAAGCACAAAUGUUGGAUGAUAGAGCUCGUGCUGCUGUGCAGCGUGAGGCCUGGCAAGAAGCAGCGAUUGCCUGCAGCGCUUCCGUGGCCAUGCUUCGAGAGGGCUUCCGGGACGGUGACAUUGAGCUGGCAAGGGAAGAGUGCAAGCUGGCGGGCUUGACGCUUAGGGCCGGUGAUGCUGUCAAAGCCAGGGAGAUCUGGGCCGCUGCUUGCCAAGUGCUGCGCCCCUUGGUGUUGCCUGCUGAUCCUGAUCUUCAAGAAGCUGAGGAGAUGCUGAAACGGCUUCCUUGGCCUUCGAUACGGCAGGAGAGGCCUCCCUCGAAGGACCGUUCUCAAGCCACGUUCGCCACUGCGGCAAGCAAGAUCGAAGUGGCUGCUGCUAUGGGAGGAUCAAUGCCAGACUACCGUGACUGACGCCUUCGCCGGCACAAUCUACGGGCUGGAGAAUUUGCAGCUCUCUGCUGAUGAGAAGGCUAGACUCAUGCAGGCCAUGUCAGGGUCAGUGGAGUCUGGCAACGGGCGAUCGACCAAAAGGUUGUGCUGCGCACUGCGGUCGAGUCCGAAGAUGCUGGGGAGUCGCUGCAGCCGUUCUCACCAGAACCGACACGACUGGACACGUUCGG